AUGACGGGCUCAAGGGGCAAGACGCAUCAAAAAAGUAUCACGAACAGCGCAACUCAAAUCAAAACGUGCAAGGAGGCAACGAACAUCAAAGAAGGCAGAAAGGAGUGCACCCGAUCCAGAACCAAGCGGCGUCCACGACAAAACAACAAACACGGAGUCUGUCCCCUUGACAAAAACCAUAUUCGACCCCGACAUCGGCUAUGGAUUGGACAGGGGACUUGGCAAUCCUCCAAGUGCGCAAGCGCCAAUGUCGAUGAAGACUCAUAG